CAAGUCGACUUUUAUUGUUUUCCACCCACUUCCAAGUCGAUACUAUCUGCCGUCUCAUGUCCAUCCUAUAGCCUAUAUAAGCGGCUGCGCUGGGGUUGGCGGCGAUGGAGUAGUUUGUGGAUACAACGGGAGCGCAGGGACGGGAGGGGGGCGGGCGGGCCGGCCAGCCGCGGAAUACUUGGACUCCCCACCACUCGCGGGCUGCUGCCGUCCGGGGAGCGGCUCCCGGGGGAAAGACACCUCGGCUUCUGGGACGGAGAGACAGUGAAACAGGAGGCCUCCCACAGCAGUGGAUCGUUCCUCUUCAUCCCCUCGAGCACUCUUCAGGUCGGACUGCAAUGAGUGGACUGAGGUCUCCUAGGCUGCUAGGGCUGGUACUCUUAAUGCUCUCAGCGGGAUAUUGCAAAGAGAAAACUGACUCCACAGAUUUGAAGGACAAGCAAAGUCUCCUAAAUCUGAUCAUGGAGAUCAUUCAGGAACUGAAAAGGUACCACCUGGAGAAGGAGAGUGGGCUGCAGUACUUCUCCAAGCAUGACUAUAACUUGGAUCGAAGGGAAGUGGCUGACUAUGGAGGAUACCAGGAUGAGCAGAGAGUUGAAAUAGUUCCCAGAGAUCUGAGGAUGAAAGACAAGUUUUUAAAGCAUUUAACAGGUCCACUCUACUUUAGCCCAAAAUGUAGUAAACACUUUCAUCGGCUUUAUCACAAUACAAGGGACUGCACCAUCCCAGCAUACUAUAAAAGAUGUGCCAGGCUUCUUACUCGGUUGGCAGUAAGCCCAGUGUGCAUGGAAGGAUAAAGAUGUUGUUACCAUGACAAGAAACACCAAGAACCAAGAGAAGUGCCUUGGAAACCAACAGGGAAAUAGAACUUACUACCUUUUAGCAAAUUCCAUUGUGAACAAGAGAUUUAUUUUUGCAGAUUGAGACUACUUCCCAUAAUUCUUUUAACAUGCAUUUUGUAUGCCAUCAAGUUUGCAGAUUGACAUCCUUUACAGUAGCAUAACUGCCAGUAGUAUUUAAUGCUCCAUACUUAAAAACACACUUUACAAUUGAUGUGUAAUG